AUGGGAUCGAAACACAUUACACAGGAAACGUUUGAUGAUGCAGUGCAAGAAAACAUCACAGAAUUUGAAAUGGAUCCAGAGGAGGCUGUGAGAGAAGCUGUGCAGCAGUUUGAGUCCCAAGGUGUCGACCUAAGCAAUAUUGUGAAGGCUGUGAGGCAGUCUGCCUCUGAGAAUGGGCAAAAGCAUGAAAUUUUGCUGACUUUGGAUUCCCUUGGGAGAGCCGUGGCUGCCUCGGACCUGGCGGGACUGGCGGAGCAGCUGGAGGCCCUGGCAGAGCAGUGCAGGGAGCAGCUGCCGUUCCGCUACCUGGCUGGGCAGAACGGGGCCUACCCCGUGGUGUUCUCUGCCUGCCAGUUGGCUUCAGGAGACAGAGGUUUAAUGCUGAAGGCCUUUAAUACCCUGUCUGCCAUCCUGGAUGGGCAGCCAGACCUGCUGGACUCGGCUGGCCAGGAUCUGCUGCUCCAAACCCUGCAGGAACACAGGGAGGACGCGGAGGUGACGCUGGCGGGGAUCCGGUGCAUCCGGCACGCGUGUCUGAAGCACGAGCAGAACCGGCAGGACUUUGUGAAGGGAGGGAUCCUCCCUCUCCUGACUGGAGCUAUAACCCAGCACGGAGACAGUGCUGACGUGGUCCGGACAGCCUCCUCAGCCCUCAGGGUGAUGACGUUUGAUGAUGACAUCCGAGUGCCCUUUGGUCACGCUCAUGAUCAUGCCAAAAUAAUUGUGUUGGAGAAUGAUGGGUUGAGAGUCCUCAUUGAAGCUGCGAAAGCUUUCACAGAUAACUUCAGUGUUCUCAGUGAACUCUGUGCCACCCUUUCUCGCCUCUCUGUCAGGAAUGAGUUCUGUCAAGAAAUCGUGGACCUUGGUGGCUUAAAUUUUAUGGUGUCUCUCCUGGCUGACUGCAUUGACCACCCGGUGACUCCCUAAACUGGUUUUCCUUGGUGGGCCCAGGACGUGGUGAAGCAGGUGCUGAGCGCCAUCCGCGCGGUCGCGGGGAAUGAUGACGUGAAAGAUGCUAUUGUUGCUGCUGGGGGAACAGACCUCAUCGUGCUGGCCAUCAGCCAUCACCUCUCCAACCCUCAGAUCUGUGAGCAAGGUUGUGCAGCCCUGUGCAUGUUGGCUCUGCGCAAGCCUGAGAACUGUCAUGUCAUCAUGGAAGGUGGUGGAGCUCUGGCAGCCCUGCAGGCCAUGAAGGCACACCCACGGGAGGUGGCAGUACAGAAACAGGCCUGCAUGCUGAUCCGCAACCUGGUCUCCCGCAGCCGGGACUUCUCUCAGCCCAUCUUGGAGAUGGGAGCUGAGAACCUGAUCACAGAAGCUCGUGCAACACACAGGGACUGUGAUGACGUGGCCAAAGCUGCCCUGAGGGAUCUGGGCUGCAAAGUAGAGCUGCGGGAGCUGUGGACAGGUCAGAAGGGAAGUCUUGCUCAGUGAAUCCUCUCUCCGCAGUGGAGCUUCAAGACAUCUACGUCCGUGAAAUAUAAGGGGGUGGGGGGAGCCAAAGUGGCAUGGAUUAACUUGCAGUUACAUCUGGAAUAUCUGAAGCAAAUGCCUGGCUUGUGAGGCUGCAGUGAAGUUGUUGUUGGGAGCUACAGCUGAAAUGGCUUUAUGCAUUCACAGGCUGCAAAUCAGCUCUGUAGUCAUCAUUCCCCCAGUCAUCUAAUGCCUGCAGAUGAUCUGCUCCCCCC